GUGCUGCAGACUUUUGUUGAUUUUGCGGUUUGAGAGUCGGCUUUUAGAGAGGCUGGGAAGGGAGAGGGUAUUAGGCUUGGGGAAGUAGUGGAUAAAGGAAAGGAGGAGGGGACAGCGAGAGGGAUACAUUUGAACAUUUAGUUGUAAUUUUUUUCUCACCCUCGACGCCAUCGUGGUGUACUUUAAAUAGUCUUCAUUAAUCUCUUGCGCGUAAACGUUUUGCGUAAAGACGCGCUCUGGAAAUGUUACUCUGGCCUAAUAUGACAGUUCGUUUUUCGCUGAAGACAAAACACUUGUCUCUGCGCCGAGAGUGAAAUGAGGCCUGAGGUGAUCUCUCUACCGGUCCUAGUCGUCCCUGAGGCGAUCUCUCUACCGGUCCUAGUUGCGUCUGGAGCAAUCUGAGCACAAAGCCAACACCAGAUAAGCCCAAAGACUUGACACCGUUGUUGUUACCUUGAGCGUAUUCUUUUCACAUAUAGUUAAUUAAACCAGUGUGUGUUAUGUGAUGUUGUCAGUAGAGGGUUGAAUACAUACUGCUCCUAUAUUUGCCCGAGUUUAAUAGUCUCUUCUGUAGUCUGCAUCUCACCUCCACUGGAUUGCAACAUCCUUCCAAACUGGAGCCUGUCCAGCAAGUCUGAAAUCUCAUUAUGGCUCUCCCACAGAGCUCGGUGCAGGACCGGGGGGAGGAAGUGGAGGAGGGGGCCAUAUACAAUGUGACACUGAAGAGGUGCCAGAUCCAGCAGGCCGCCAACAAGGGAGCAAGAUGGCUGGGGGCGGAGGGGGACCGGCUGCCUCCCGGCCACACUGUAAGCCAGUUGGAAACCUGUAAGAUCCGGAGUAUCCGGGCGGGAACGCUGGAGCGUCUGGUGGAGACCCUGCUGACUGCAUUUGAGGACAAUGACCUCACCUACACCAACAUCUUCCUGUCCACAUACCGAGCCUUCGCCAGCACGCACACCGUGCUGCAGUUGCUGCUAGACAAGUAUGGAAUUCCAGAGGAUAGUGAAGAACAGACUGAGCAAUGUAGAACCUCUGAAACCAAAGGAGCCGUUCGAACUGCCCUGGUCUCCAUCCUGCGAGUCUGGCUGGACCAGUGUCCAGAGGACUUCCAAGAGCCUCCAUCCUACCCCUGCCUCCACAGGGUGAUGGCCUACCUACAGAGGGCCCUGCCUGGAUCGGAGCCCAUGCGUAAAGCCCAGAGUCUACUGGAGCAGCUGAAGGCUGAGGCCAGUCUGGAUGUAGACUCAGAGGGUUUUUCUGGUGGUUUCCAUGGCAACAGCUCCUUCUGCUUGGCUGAGGAUGAGGGAGUAGAGAUUGAGGUCCAGGAAGGAUUCCUGUCAUUUGAUGCAGACUUGGUGGCCGACCAGCUGACCUAUAUGGAUGCGUUGUUGUUCAAGAAGGUGAUUCCUCACCACUGCCUGGGCUCCAUCUGGUCCCAGAGGGAUAAGAAACAGAACAAGCACAGUGCUCCCACCAUCCGUGCCACCAUCACCCAGUUCAACGCUGUGGCAGCGUGUGUGGUCAGCACCAUACUGCACCGACAACAGAUCCGCCCGCUUCUCAGGGCACGGGUCAUCAAGCGCUGGAUAGACAUCGCUCAGGAGUGUCGCGUGCUUAAGAACUUCUCCUCGCUGCGUGCCAUUGUGUCUGCACUGCAGUCCAACCCACUCUACAGACUGAAGAGGGCCUGGUCCUGGGUGCCCAAAGACAGCAUGUCUACGUUUGAAGAGCUAUCAGACAUCUUCUCAGAUCACAACAACUACCUGACUAGCCGAGAGCUCCUGAUGAGGGAGGGCACCUCUAAAUUUGCCAAUCUGGAAGGCUGUGCUAAGGAGCACCAGAAACGCACUCACAAACGACUCCAGCUGCAGAAGGAAAUGGGUGCCAUGCAGGGGACGAUACCUUACCUGGGCACCUUCCUGACAGACCUGACCAUGUUAGAUACAGCCCGGUCAGACCUAGUAGAGGGGGGGCUAAUCAACUUUGAUAAGAGGCGAAGGGAGUUUGAGGUGAUCGCUCAGAUCAAGCUGCUGCAGUCUGCGUGUAACAGCUACUGUCUUAGUGCUGAUGAUGCCUUCCUGCGCUGGUUCAAGAACCAGCCCCAACACAGCGAGGAGGAGAGCCAUGCUAUGUCUUGUGACAUUGAAGGAGUCGGAGACAGCAGUCCAACCUUACCCAAACUUCGCAAGAGCAUGGUUAAGAGACUCAGCCUACUGUUCCAAGGAGCAGACUCAGCAGGCUGUUCCCCAGUGAGGGAAACACCUCGGUCGCCCCCUACUGGCAGCUCAGGGGAGAGCGUGGACUCAGUCAGUGUGUCGUCCAGUGACUCCAGCCCUUCAGACAGCGAGGGCCUAGGCAUGACACCUAUACACACUUCAGAUGCACAGCAGAACAAGGUGUCCGAGUCUUGCUAUUGCAUUUCUCUCCACUCCAUGGACACUACCUUGUCCUCAGCCAGUGUUCCUGUGACCCCGGCCUCACCCUUCCUCUCUGGCCCACCCUGCAUGCACCAUCGCUUGGACUCCCUGACGCCCAUGUCCCCCUCCUCUCCCCUGCCCCCUGCCUACAACACCCAGGCUCAGGACGCCUGCAUCAUCAGAGUCAGCCUGGAGCAGGGCAACGGCAACCUCUACAAGAGCAUCAUGUUGACGAGUCAGGAUAAGACUCCAGCAGUGAUCUCUAGAGCCGUGGCCAAACACAACCUGGAGAGUGAGCCUGGGGAGGGAUACGAGCUGGUGCAGGUCAUCUCUGACGAAAGAGAGCUGGUGAUUCCAGACACCGCCAAUGUGUUUUACGCCAUGAACACCUCAGCCAACUUUGACUUCCUGCUGCGUGUGCGAGGCACUGCUGGGCGGUCGGUCCAACUGAGGAGUCACUACGCCUCCACAUUCCCCCGCGCCCAGCAGCGCUCCAGCCUGUCGCUGCGCCUCAGCAAGGUCAACCUGUGACCCCCAGGACAAGGACACUAUGCCUGAAGGGACACAUUUGAUUUGUUUUGUCAUUUAGCAGACACUCUUAUCCAGAGUGACUUACAGUAGUGAGUGCAGACAUUUUCGGACACCCGACUGGAUGGGCUGGGAGUGGUGGUGGGAGACUGAAAAGGACCAAACAUGGGGGAACGAAUUGAAGUCGAUGAGUUUAGACUCUGAAUUCUCUGUUCCCACAUCCCCUUUCCCUAAUCAGACCCCCAUCUCUUAGUGCUCCCUCUCCCAGCAUCCCUUCCAGUAGCAGCCUGUGGCCUUCCCUUU